AGAGGCGGACGGAGGCGAUAAGUCGCGGUAUCAGCCCAUCCCCUGCCCGCCCUGCCAGCCCGCCGCCACUACCCCCGCCACUGCCCCCGCCACUACCCCCGCCAGCCCGGAGCCGCCAGGAACCGACAGCAGACAUGCACGCCAACCCCCCCAGCGCUCGGAUCCUCAUCAAAGGAGGGAAAGUGGUGAAUGACGACUGCACCCAGGAGGCCGACGUUUAUAUCGAGAAUGGGAUCAUCCAGCAGAUCGGGAAGGAGCUAAUGAUCCCCGGCGGCGCCAAGGUCAUCGAUGCCACGGGGAAACUGGUGAUCCCGGGGGGCAUAGACACCAGCACCCACUUCCACCAAACCUUCAUGAACGCCACCUGCAUGGACGACUUCUACAAUGGCACCAAGGCGGCGCUCAUGGGCGGCACCACCAUGGUCAUCGGACAUGUUUUUCCCGACAAGGACGUUUCUCUCCUCGACGCCUACGAGAAAUGCCGCAGCCUCGCCGACCCCAAGGUUUGCUGUGACUACGCCCUGCACAUGGGUGUCACCUGGUGGAGCCCCAAGGUAAUGGCGGAGAUGGAGACCCUGGUGCGGGAGAAAGGGGUCAAUUCCUUCCAGAUGUUCAUGACCUACAAGGACCUGUAUAUGCUGAGGGACAGCGAGCUCUACCAGGUCUUCCGGCACUGCAAAGACUUGGGCGCCGUGGCCCGUGUGCACGCCGAGAAUGGGGAUUUGGUGGCAGAGGGUGCGAAGGAGGCGCUGGAACUGGGAAUCACUGGCCCCGAGGGCAUUGAGAUCAGUCGGCCCGAGGAGCUGGAAGCGGAGGCCGUACACAGAGCUAUAACCAUCGCUAACCGGACUUUCUGCCCCUUAUACCUGGUCAAUGUGUCCAGUAUGUCUGCAGGAGACGUUGUUGCCGCAGCCAAGAUGCAAGGUAAAUCCGUGUACGGAGAGACCACCACGGCCCACGCCACCCUGAAUGGACUCCACUACUACCACCAGGAAUGGUCCCACGCCGCCGCCUACGUUACAGUCCCACCACUCCGCCUGGACACCAACACGCCCAACUACCUCAUGAGCCUGCUGGCCAAUGAUUCGCUCAAUGUGGUGUCUUCAGACCACAGAACCUUCACCACCAAACAGAGAGCCAUGGGCAAGGAGGACUUCACCAAGAUCCCCCACGGCGUGGGAGGGGUGCAAGACCGCAUGAGCGUUAUAUGGGAGAGAGGAGUGGUUGGGGGGAAGAUGGAUGAGAACCGAUUUGUGGCAAUAACCAGCUCCAAUGCAGCCAAAAUCCACAACAUGUACCCAAGGAAAGGGCGCAUUAUCCCAGGGGCCGAUGCAGACAUCGUGGUGUGGGAUCCCGAGGCCACCAGGACCAUCUCUGCCAGCACCCAGGUCCAAGGUGGGGAUGUGAAUCUGUAUGAGAACAUGAGAUGCCACGGGGUCCCCUUGGUCACCAUUAGCCACGGCCGUGUAGUCUAUGAGAAUGGAGCCUUCAUGUGUGCUGAAGGGUCCGGCUGCUUCUUCCCCAUGAGGACUUACCCAGAUUUCCUUUACAAGAAGAUGGUGCAGAAGGAGAAGACAUCAAGCCAAAAAUGUGUAGACCGCACACCGUACCAGGGGGAAGUUGCCGUGGUUGCAAAUUCUGGUAAAAAGGAAACGGGCAGUCCAAUGGCCGACACUCCAACACGACCAACCACUCGUCAUGGGGGCAUGAGGGACCUCCACGAGUCAGGCUUUAGCCUCUCUGGUGCUCAGAUCGAUGACCAUGUCCCAAAGCGAGCCUCGGCCAGAAUCCUUGCGCCUCCCGGAGGAAGAUCCAGUGGGAUCUGGUAACCAGCACUGAGCCAACCUGUUCUCUGUCGCCCCCACUAUAUCACAGGUCUUCUGCGUCCUACUCCCCAGGGAGAGCACUUCUGCACCCAUCUCAAACCCAUCACAUAAACUCACUGGUACCGGUACCGGUAAGAAAGAAGACUCCACUUUGACUCGACACAAAAGUCUCAUCUCAGAACAUUUCUGCGGAGCCUCGGAACCCCCCGCUCGCCCCCCAAGUUUGGAGUCUGAAGAGCAAGUCACCAGUUAAUUUGCUUGAACGCCGCAACGAUGUCCGAAGAGCGUUUUUUGUGAUAGUUGACGUUGAUGUCUUACCCUUUAAUGACAGUAGUAACAUUGGGAUUAGUUUGGGGUGCGCUGCUCUUGUUAUCUGUGUGUGCGGAUGUUGUGACCCCUACACGGCCAAAGGUGGGGACCCCCUCACUCCGGAAAGAUAUAGAAACUUCAGAUAAUUCCUACAUGACCUGCCCUACAUGCCUCCUGCCCCUUUUGGGUUAGGGGUAUAAGAAUCCCACAAUAUUAGAUGGGAUAUCCCGCCCCUUUGGCCUAAUGGGAGUCAAACCGGUGGUGCAAUAACUUGGGGUUUGGGGCAUUUGCCUCAGGCAUUGCUCGGGGUAUAAGCUGGAGGGCAAGACAUACCUAAUAUAUAUAUAAUACCCCCCCCCCUACAAAUUUCACACUUCUGGCUGUUGUCCUUUGCUGCCUCUAGUGUUGUGUGGCCAUAUGUUACCCAGCAUGCCGAGGGUCAGCCCCAUUCAUUUCCAUGUCCUGCCUUUAUGGGUGGAGCUACUUUCAGCAGUUUUCCUGGGGCUUUUGUCUUUUUCCACUGUGGGUGGCGCUAAGAGUAUCAGGGUGCCCCCCAUCUUCAGCCUGUGUGGGUUGGGGUCCAUAUUGCAGCCCCCUGUUUCAUUGAUCAUUAUACGUAAGAGGGCAGCUUUCUUCUACCCCUCACUCCUAUUCCAUAGCAACCAAAGGGCUGCACCCCAAUCAUUAAA